AUGCAAUACCUCCAACCUUCCCACCUAUACACCCAGUUAAUAGAUACAUUACCCACUGUCUUGCCUUGGUCCUCCGGAAACCCAGUGAAAGGAGAUCCCAAAAAGAGUGUCAAAUGGAUUGAUGGCCUGCGAGGAAUCGCUUCAUUCCUAGUAGUCCUAACCCAUCUCUCCCGAGGCUGGGACUAUGCUCUAUUCUUUCCGCGCGACAGCGAGGGUGCCACCCCAAGAAUCCUCCAGUGGCCUGUCCUCCGCAUCCCCUGGCAAGGUCGUCUGGGUGUGACCAUCUUCGCCUUCUUAACGGGUUACGUAUGUGCGCUUAAACCACUCAAACUGUCGCGAGCAGGUGAUACAACAAGCGCAUUCGAAACAAUAUCAAAGAGCGCCUUUCGUCGACCGCCGCGACUGAUCUUCCCGGCGACGAUUGCUCUGCUUAUUUCCUGGAUCGUCGCCCAAUUCGGCGGCUUUAUUGUUGCAAAUAGAUCGGAUUGCAAGUGGUGUCGUUAUGCGGCACCAGAUCUUGAGGAUUCCUUUUGGAAGGAACUUAUUCGUUUGCCGAUGAAUUUCUUGUCGACUUGGACGACGGGAUAUAUGGCAUACGAUGAUCAUCAGUGGGCGCUUCUGCCGCUGCUUUUGUCGUCUAUGUUGGUUUAUCUCUUGCUUUUUACAACUAUGUUCGUCCAAUUUAGGUAUAGAGUUGCGAUCUACCUUGGCAUGUUACUUUAUUUCCACCAGGAUGCAGCCAGGGACACAGAAACUUUCCAAAUGCAAGCCAUAUUCGGCGUGCUCCUCAGUGACUUCUCUUACCACACAACCCUCAAAGACUGGAUAGAAAACAACCCGCGAGGCAGGAAGAUGCUCACCAUCCCACUCACCAUUAGCGCAUUAUUCCUCGCUUCAUACCCCGGCGAACAUCCCGAAUGGGCCGGCUGGUCCAAUGUAAUGCUCAAGGCAAGCCAAUAUAUAUUCCCGCCAGGCGUCAACGUCGGUAAACGCUACACCGCAAUCGCAGUCGACAUGAUCAUCCUUGCGAUCUUUUUCUCCCCUUCGACGAAAAACUUCCUCUCCAGCAGACUUCUCCUCUGGCUCGGCAAGCAGAGUUUCGCCGUCUACCUCAUCCACGGCACCAUGCUGCGCGUUGUACUCUGCUGGAUGCUAUAUGGUAUCACCGGUCAGCCAUGGGAAGGUCCUGAGGCAGCAACUGACGACCCGCGUGUCUGGUUGCCUAUCCGUUCGCCGUGGGUCGUUGCUAUUAGUAUCCCCGUCUGGAUUGGGCUUGUGUAUCUCGUUGCUGCGCUAUGGACGGCGUAUGUGGAUACAUUCUGUGCUUCUAUAACCCAGAAGCUGGAGAGGGCUGUUUUUGUUGAAGAUGAGAAGACACCGAUACCUUUGCCUGCCGUUUCGAUCCCUAUGCAGACGACUUGA